CUCCCAGCCACCACGACCGCCGUGACUCGCACUUGCCGGUUCACCUGACUCGAGCACCUCACACUCUCGCCGCAUAAGACGCUGCCGAACAUGUCAGGUCCUCCCUCACCAUCCGCACCCGCCUCGCCGCCGCCCGAGCCUGCCUCCACCUCGGCGCGCGCCUCCUCCAGCAGCUCGCACUUCGCGCACGACGCCGACGACGCCAGCAGCGCCGCGCAGCUCUCCACGCUCUCCCUCUCCCUGCCGCCGCUCUCCAUGUCCGCCGGCGCCGACCCCUGGGCCGACCCAGCGCCGUCACUGGCGCCCCUCGCGCCCUCCGUCUCGCCCGCCGCGGGCCCGCGCAGCGGCGCCGGGGCUGCGGCGAACCCAUGGGCCACCACCAGUGCACCCGAGCCCGAGCGCGGCACGCUCGGCCUCGAGGGGCUCGAGCUCGGCGGCUAUCCGCGCUUCGGACACGAGGCGGCGCGCUUCUGGAGCUUCAGGGAGGGCUAUACGAACCUCAAUAACGGCUCGUACGGCGCCUGUCCGCGCCCGGUGCAGGAGGCAUGGAAGGCGCUGGCAGACCGGCAAGAGGAGAACCCCGAUCUCUUCCGCAACCGGCACCUCUUCGGCCUGCUCGACGCCAGCUGCAACCGGCUCGGCGCGCUGCUCAACUGCGCCGGCAGUGACCUGGCGCUCGUGCCCAACGCCACGACGGCGACCAACGCGGUGCUGCGCGACGUGCCGCUCUCGUCCGCCGACGCGGUGCUCAGCUACUCGACGGGCUACGGCGCCGUGACGCGCACGCUGGCGUACACGUACGACACGCAUCGUGCCGCAGGCCGCGAGGCGCCGCUCGAUGCCGUCGUGCAGCUCUCGCUGCCGAUGAGCGAGCAGGAGAUCGUUGACGCCACAAAGGCCAAGAUUGAGGAGGUGCGCACGCAGGGCAAGACGGUCAAGCUCGCCAUCGUCGAUACGAUCUCGAGCAUGCCGAGCGCCUGCAUGCCCUGGGAACGCCUGGUGGCGCUCUUCCGGGAAGAGGGCGUGCUGAGCUUUGUCGAUGGCGCACACGGCGUCGGGCAGAUCGCGAUUGACCUCAGCAAGGCCGACCCCGACUUCUUCGUGUCGAACUGCCACAAGUGGAUGUACGCCCACCGCGGCUGUGCCGUCUUCUACUGCGCCAAGCGCAACCAGCACGUGCAGCGCUCCAGCCUGCCGACAAGCUGGUUCUACAUCUCCGAUGCGAGCGAGACGAAGAACACGUGGCGACAGCAGUGGGCCGCCACGGGCACGCUGGACGCCAGCUCCUUCCUCUCCGUCGACGCAGCGCUCGACUUCGCCGAGCGUCUCGGCGGCUGGCCGCGCAUCAUGGCCUACACGCACUCGCUGGCGAAGCAAGGCGGCGCCGCCGCCGCGCGCGUGCUCGGCUCGCAGGUGCUCGACCCCGAGGGCCAGCACACGGCCGCCAUGGUCAAUGUGCAGCUGCCGCUCACGAAGGCGGCGCUCGGAGGCGACGCCAAAGCGUGGCUUGCGCGGGCGGGCGACUGGGUUUUCGAUACGCUGCAGAAUGAGUUCAAGACGGUUGUGCCGCUGUCUGCACACAGCAACCAGAUCUGGGCGCGCUUCUCGGCGCAGCUGUGGCUCGAGAUCAGCGACUUCGAAUGGGGAGCACGCUGCCUCCUCUCGCUCGUCCAGCGCAUCAACACGGGCGAGGUGAGCUUCACGGCCGACGGCGUCGUCGAGCGCCCGCCGCAGGCCGUGGCCGAGGCCAAGGAGCCGCACGAGCUGGCGCAGGCCGAGCGGGAAGCCGAGGCGGCUGCCGCUGCUGCGCCGGGCGAGACGCAAUGAGCUAGAGUUGCACGGUGCAGGAGCAGCACGCAAAUAGAUGCUUGUUCCCAGGCCUGAGGCAGA